AUGCUGCUGUUUGGGGUGGCCCUGGUCACCUUGUUCCGUGCCGCCGCGGAGAUGGAGGUGACCCUGGCGGAGGCCAUGCCGGGGCCGUUGCUGCCGCCCUGCGAGAACCAAGAGAUCCCGCUGGAAGAGGAAUGCCCUUCGUCUUUCUGGCUGCAGUACUCCACUCGUCUCUGGGACGCCCGUGGCGAACUCUUCAGCGAGGGAAAAGCGGCGGCGGGGACGUCCUUGCAGCAGCUGCUGCGGGAAGCGACGACGCCCUUUUGGGAGGCCUUUGCCUGUCCUGCUGCCGUGGUGAGUACUUUCUUCAGCUUGGCGCGGGUGCUGGUCAUGGAGAGACGCCUCAGAAGGGCUUUGGCCAUGAUCCACCUGGGCUUUAUCUUUGUUCGCGACAAGGGCUUUAGCGAAUGUUCGACCUGGCCAGCACAGGGCUGGGAUGUGAUGUUGGCCGGGCAAGGUCUGACGGAAGUCGUUCGCCAGCUGGACGAUGAAUCUGUGGAGACCACGGUUCCGCCAAGCCUCCGAUUGAAUCUGCGCGUGGCGGUGGUGACCAUCUGCGCAUAUGCUGAGGAUGCACCGGUUCGAAUCCUUUGUCAUCAAAAUCGACAGCUGUAUAAGCUGCUUCAUGGAUAUGACGUGCAUUUCUUCACGAAUGCAUCGCAGAUCGACAUCAACGUCGAUUCGCAGAUGGAUGUGAAUGAUGGCGUGCACAAGCCGUUCUUUUGGAAAGUGAAUGCUGUGAAGAAUGUCUUGGAUACUGGAAACUAUGAUUGGGUCCUAUGGAUGGACUGCGAUGCCUUCUUCAUGGAUCCGCAACGUACCAUUGACUCGGUGAUUGCCAUGUAUAGUCAAAAUCUCACCGUUGCCUCCCGCUUGCCUCCAGAGGAGCUGAGUCAGGAUCCAGAACAUGCAGCUUUGCGUGCAGCAUCCACUGGGGAAGUGUCACUGAUUUUUGCAGUUGAUUCAACAGGCAUCAACAAUGGCGUGUGGCUCCUGAAAAACACUGACUGGUCCCAUCGCUUCUUGGAGCGCUGGUGGCGAUCAGACAUUCUGCAGGGACCCGGCAAGGAACACAACUGCAGCGACCAGUCGACCAUGCUUCAUACGCUGCUGUACGAUCGAGCCAUGCAGUUCGACAAGACUUGGGAUUCCUACGAGUUGCCGAUUUAUCCUCUGGAAGUACGUGUGGCGCGACAAGAGCAUUUGCAAUCCUUCCAUGCUGCCACAGCACAGAGCGCUCUGUCCAGGGCAUGGCAGGAUGGCGACUUCAUCAAGCACCAUCCUGGUUGUCACUACUACAAGGUGCCAUGUCAACAUCUUUACCAGGAGGCUCAGGAGAUCUUUUGGAACAAGGUGGUUUUGGCCGAGACGCUGAGCCAAGAACGAUGA